AUGUAUGAAGCUAAGAGUGUAAGAGAAGAAGAACUGGCCUUGCUGACUGAGAAAGUGAAACAGUCUUCUCGGCUCUCAUUGCCUGUGAAUUUGAGGGAUUUUAUUCCAUGGCUUGGUUGGGUUAGUCAAAUUAAUGGUUUAGAUGCAAGAGUGGAGAAAGUUGCUAAGGAGUUUGAUGAGUUUCUGGAUUCUGUAGUUGAUGAGCAUAUGUGUACCCCUAACAUGAAAGGAGAGAGCUGUGGUGAUAAUAUGAGUGUUGAAGGAUAUUUUUGGUGGGCAAUGACUGAACUCUUAAGGCAUCCGAGAGUCUUGAAAAAACUGCAAGAUGAGGUGAUGGGAAUUGCUAAUGGCAAAGCAGACAUAACUGAAGGCGAUUUAGAUAAAUUUCCAUACUUAAAAGCAGUGAUAAAAGAGACACUUCGGUUGUAUCCUCCAAUACCGUUACUGGUUCCUCACGAAUCAACUCAAGAGGCUAAAAUAAAGGGUUAUGACAUAGCAGCAAGAACCAUGGUGCUUGGACAAUUGGAAGAGACCCCUCAAUCUGGAAGAAGGGGCUGUCCAGGAUCUUUGUUUGCCAUGAUCACUAAUGAGAUUGUGUUACUCGUGCACAAGUUUGACUGGACAUUGCCUGGUGGAGCAAGAGAAUGUACUGGCCUUGUCAUCCAUAGAAAAGCUCCUCUUGUAGCUACGGCAGCGCCAAGGCCUUUCUGUUGUGUCACCUCAAAGUUUCAUAACAGAAGCCCAGAGGAAAGCAUAAGAUCAUGA